AUGUCCGGUGCCUCUGGUUCAUCAGGGAGUGGUACGGGUCGCGGCAGAGGAGGUGGUGGCUCAAGUGGAGCUGUUGUAGAGAAUAAACCAGAAGCAAAAGAGAACAAACCAAAUCCCAAGAUGUCAAAGGCUCUUGGCACAUCAGCUAAGAGAAUCCAAAAGGAGCUUGCAGAGAUCACAUUAGAUCCCCCACCAAAUUGCAGUGCGGGACCGAAAGGAGACAAUUUGUAUGAAUGGGUGUCCACCAUCCUGGGACCACCUGGGUCAGUUUACGAGGGAGGCGUUUUCUUCCUUGACAUCCACUUCUCUCCAGAAUACCCAUUUAAACCUCCUAAGGUAACAUUCCGCACUAGGAUAUAUCAUUGUAAUAUCAACAGCCAGGGUGUGAUAUGUCUAGAUAUUCUCAAAGACAACUGGUCGCCGGCACUUACAAUAUCUAAAGUUUUACUAUCAAUAUGUUCAUUGCUCACUGACUGUAAUCCUGCGGACCCACUGGUGGGCAGCAUCGCCACGCAGUACCUCCAGAACCGCGAGGAGCACGAUCGCAUCGCGCGCCUGUGGACCAAGCGCUACGCGACAUGA